UGAUAUUUAUUCAUGUUAGUACAAAUUGUUUCUACUAAGAUGUUGAAGAUUUGGGGUUUCCUAAUACUUUUUGUGUUCUGUUUGCACCAGAGUCUUUCGAUAAAACGCAGAUGCCUUCAGCCACUGGAAGAGGGCUCAGGUAAGGCUUUUAUGCGCAAUUGGUUCUACAACUCCACCUCGCAGAGAUGCCAAAGGUUCAUCUUCUUUGGCGGACUGAAGAAUGGCAACAACUUCGAUACCCAAGCUCGAUGUCGCAAAAUUUGCCUAACCCAAGUGCCUGCGGCAAUUAGUUUAGCAACCCGCGUUGAUGGAGCUUAAAAGAACAAAGAUUUAAAUCAAACUCAAAAUAAUAAACGAGACUUAAAUAAGUUAAGGCAAGUCGGGCUAAUUGCAUUUUGUGUGAAAUCGCUGAGAAAAUCAAGUUGAAGCUGCGCCCAGUUUUAUUCUUUUUUUUUAUACUGUUGGCAAGCGCAGAAAAUAUUUUUUAUGACUUUUGCUUGGUGUGUUUUUUUUUUUUUUUUUUUUUUUUUACUUUGUAAAACUUGUCAGCGCCACCCACUUUCUAGGCAGCGCCGACCAGAGUCAUAGAGUGGGUGUCUAUUUGCCCAGGAGGUGUUAGGCGG